CUUUUCUUAUCAUAACUUCAUCACUAUCCUCUCUUCUCUCUAUCAAUUAUAUUUUUUAUUGUUUAUCAAUUUAAUUAGUUUCCAUAGAUGGAACUUGAACAUGUAAUACCUACCUCUUCAUUGUUGCAUCUACUCUUCAAUAAUGGUUCUUCUCUUAUUCUUCCACUCAUGGUCAUCAUGAUCAUGAUCAUGAUCAUCACAAUCAUAAUAAUUAUUUCCUUUGGAUCCCUUUUCAAAAUAGUUACCAAGAAAAAAAACAAGAAUAACAUCUUUUGCAAUUGUGAAACUUGCCAAGCCUAUCUCACUUCAAGCUGGUCCAAAGAUUUUGAAAAUCUUUGUGAUUGGCACUCUCAUCUUCUCAAGAACUCACCAACAAGAACCAUCCACAUACAUGUUCUUAGGAACACCAUAACCGCGAAUUCGGACAACGUUGAGUACAUGCUCAAGACAAGGUUUGAGAAUUACCCUAAAGGGAAAGCCUUCUCAAUGAUCUUGGGUGAUUUCUUAGGUAAAGGAAUCUUCAAUGUUGAUGGUGAAUUAUGGAGGUUCCAAAAGAAGAUGGCAAGCAUGGAGCUCAACAAAGUUUCCAUAAAAUCCUUUGCCUUUGAGAUUGUCAACUACGAAAUCCAACAAAGACUUGUCCCUCUUUUAUCAUCGUCAAGAAAAUACCAAGUCGAUUUGCAAGAUGUAUUUAGAAGAUUCUCUUUCGACAGCAUAUGUAGAUUCUCAUUCGGGUUAGACCCUAAAUGUUUAGAACAGUCUUUACCUAUGUCUAAUUUCGCCUUGUCCUUUGACAAGGCGUCUAGGCUGUCGGCCGAGAGGGCGAUGGCCGUGUCGCCUUUCAUAUGGAAGGUGAAGAGACUCUUCAACAUAGGAAGUGAGAGGGAGCUAAGAGAAUCUCUUGGAGUGAUAAACAUGUUGGCAAAAGAGGUCAUAAAUCAAAGAAGGAAAAUGGGGUUUUCCGAACACAAGGAUUUGUUGUCAAGAUUCAUGAGCAAUGUUGAAGAUGAGACAUGUUUGAGAGACAUUGUAAUAAGUUUCUUAUUGGCUGGUCGUGACACCGUGGCUUCUGCCCUCACAAGCUUCUUUUGGUUGCUUGCAAAACACCCUCAAGUGGAGUUAGAGAUUCUCCUUGAAGCAGAUAAGGUAAUUGGAGCAAACAAGGAGCUUAGAAGCUUUGAACAGCUUCGGAAAUUGCACUAUUUGCAAGCAGCAGUGUAUGAGAGUAUGAGAUUGUAUCCACCAGUUCAAUUUGAUUCCAAAUUUUGUGUAGAAGAUGAUGUGUUACCUGAUGGGACAAAAGUCAAGAGUGGAACUAGGGUUACCUACCAUCCCUAUGCAAUGGGAAGAUUGGAAGAGUUAUGGGGCCAAGAUUGCAUGGAGUUUAGGCCUCAAAGGUGGUUAAAGGGUGGUGUUUUCCACCAUGAGAAUCAAUUCAAGUACCCGGUUUUCCAAGCUGGAUUAAGGGUUUGUAUGGGAAAAGAAAUGGCCCUAAUGGAGAUUAAGUGUGUGACACUCCCUUUGAUUAGAAGGUUUCAUUUCCAAUUGGUUCCACCUGUUCUUCAUCAUGCUACCCCAAUGUUCUCUCCUGGCCUCACUGCCACUUUUAGAUGUGGCCUUCCGGUAAUUGUCAAUCAAAGAAAAAACCAAUCUUCUUAGUCACUCAUUUUUUAUGGUAUAUAGUUUAGGAAAAUUUUCAAGUGUACCGUUGUACCGGUGUAUCAGUGAUUUUUAACCGUUAAUCUUAAUUAUAAAAAAUAUAUAUAAUAUAUAUAAUUAAGAUCAACGAUUAAAAAUUACUGAAACACCGGUACAACAGCAUACUUAAAAAUUUUCCUAUAGUUUAGAGUAAAGAUUAUUGCACACAAUUCAAUGGUAAUAUGAAAAAUUACUUUCAAUUAUUUCUAUACUUUAUUUGAAAUGUUGGUACAGUCUAAUUUGAACGACAAAAUGUUUUUUUAUAAUUCAAAAAUUUUUAAUCGGUUUUCAACUAUUCAAGUAAUUAGUUUAAACUAUCUUUGUAAAUGAUGAUUUGCUGAUGUGUCAAGGACUAUUUAGUCCAAUAACAAAGAUCGUUUAGACUAAUUACCUACAUGAUUGAAAAUCGAUUAAAAAAUUUUAAGUUAUAGAUGAACUAGUGUUUUGUCUUUUGAAUAAAUAAUCGGACAUUUACUCAAUAUUUUUCACAAGCAUACAAUAAUUUUUCAGUAAAAAAAUAAAUUUAUUUCAUGUGUAAUAAAUGAUAUGUGAGUCUAUUAGAUAUUUCACACAUCAUAUACUAUAUAAGUACACAAAUACAAAAGUGAAUUAUGAAGCACAUGAACAUAUAUAUACCUAGCUGCUCCAUUUAGGGUAUGGUUUGAAGAAUAUAGAGGAUUUUUUUUUUUUAGCAAAUUAUAGAAGAUUUGAUUAUGAUAUAUGAU